CAGGGCUUUGCUACCUGUAGCUAAGGGCUCCGGAGCUCUGCCGCUCGGCUCUCCAGACGGCUGGUUCUCGCGAGAACGCAGCUCUCUCCUUGUCUGUGGCAGCUACAGCAGCUUAAGGACCAUCAUGGACGCUUUCAGCGACUAUGUCUGGCCGCGGGCGACCUCCGAGCUCAUACUCCUCCCCGUCACGGGUCUGGAGUGCAUUGGGGACAGGCUGCUGGCGGGUGAGGGGCCUGAUUUACUGGUGUACAACUUGGACUUUGGUGGGCAUCUCCGGAUGGUGAAACGAGUCCAGAACCUGCUUGGUCACUAUCUCAUCCAUGGGUUCCGAGUGCGACCAGAGCCCAAAGGAGACCUGGAUUCUGAGGCCAUGAUAGCUGUGUUUGGGAGCAAGGGACUCAGAAUUGUGAAAGUAAGCUGGGGUCAAAGCCAUCUUCGAGAGCUCUGGCGCUCUGGCCUGUGGAAUAUGUCCGACUGGAUCUGGGAUGCACGCUGGCUUGAGGGUAACAUAGCCUUGGCCUUGGGCCACAACUCGGUGGUACUGUAUGACCCAGUGAUAGGAUGCAUGCUGCAGGAUGUCCCCUGCACAGACAGGUGCACCCUCUCCUCAGCCUGCCUGAUUGGAGACACCUGGAAGGAACUGACCAUAGUGGCAGGCGCAGUCUCCAAUGAGCUCCUGGUCUGGUAUCCAGCAACCGCUCUAACAGACAACAAACCCGUGGCACCUGACCGGCGGGUUAGUGGACAUGUGGGUGUCAUCUUUAGCAUGUCGUACCUGGAAAGCAAGGGCCUGCUGGCAACUGCUUCAGAAGAUCGAAGUGUUCGAAUCUGGAAGGUGGGCGACCUCCGGGUGCCUGGGGGUCGGGUUCAGAAUAUUGGCCACUGCUUUGGACAUAGUGCCCGUGUGUGGCAGGUAAAGCUCUUAGAGAAUUAUCUGAUCAGUGCAGGAGAGGACUGUGUCUGCUUGGUGUGGAGCCACGAAGGUGAGAUCCUUCAGGCCUUUCGAGGCCACCGGGGCCGAGGGAUCCGGGCCAUAGCUACUCACGAGAGGCAAACCUGGGUGGUCACUGGGGGAGACGACUCAGGAAUUCGUCUCUGGCAUCUGUCAGGCCGGGGCUACCCAGGCUUGGGUGUCUCAUCUCUGUGCUUCAGAUCUCCUAGCCGGCCAGGUGCCCUCAAGGCUGUGACUCUGGCUGGUUCUUGGCGAGUACUGGCAGUGACUGACGAGGGGGCCCUGUACCUCUAUGACCUUGAGGUCAAGAACUGGGAGAAGCUUCUGGAGGACAAUCGCUUUCAGUCUUACUGCCUGCUGGAGGCAGCUCCUGGUCCUGAGGGUUUUGGACUCUGUGCCUUGGCCAAUGGGGAGGGUCUUGUGAAGGUUGUCCCUAUCAACACCCCCACUGCUGCUGUUGACCAGAACCUGUUCCAGGGGAAGGUCCACAGCCUGAGCUGGGCCCUGCGUGGGUAUGAGGAGCUGCUUCUAUUGGCAUCAGGCCCCGGCGGGGUGGUAGCUUGCUUGGAGAUCUCAGCUGCACCCACUGGCAAGGCCAUCUUUGUCAAGGAACGUUGUAGGUAUCUGCUUCCCCCAAGCAGACAAAGGUGGCACACAUGUAGUGCUUUCCUACCCCCAGGUGACUUCCUUGUCUGUGGGGACCGCCGUGGCUCUGUGCUGCUCUUUCCUGUCAGACCGUGUCUGUUCAAAAAAUCUGGGGCGGGAGGCAAGGCUAUUACUGCCGCUGAGGCCUCUGGAGCUGGUAGUGGCAGCGGUGGGUCCGAGAGUGUUGUAACGGGAAUAGGCCCAGUCUCUAUACUCCGUUCUCUGCAUGGGAAACAGGGGGUGACCUCAGUUACCUGCCAUGGCGGCUAUGUAUACAGCACAGGGCGUGAUGGCUCCUACUUCCAGCUCUUUGUACAUGGUGGCCACCUCCAGCCAGUUCUAAGGCAGAAAGCUUGUCGAGGCAUGAACUGGGUAGCUGGGCUUCGGAUGGUGCCUGAUGGAAGUAUGGUCAUCUUGGGUUUCCAUGCCAAUGAAUUUGUAGUGUGGAGCCCCCGGUCCCAUGAGAAGCUACAUAUCGUCAGUUGUGGUGGAGGGCACCGCUCCUGGGCCUUUUCUGAUACUGAGGCAGCCAUGGCUUUUGUCUACCUUAAGGAUGGUGAGGUCAUGCUCUAUCGGGCUCUAGGUGGCUGCAUUCGGCCAAACGUGAUUCUCCGGGAGGGUCUGCAUGGUCGGGAAAUCACAUGUGUAAAGCGUGUGGGCACUGUAACACUGGGCCCCGAAUUUGAGGUACCCAAUUUGGAGCAUCCUGACUCCCUGGAGCCUGCCAGUGAGGGGCCUGGUCUGAUUGACAUCGUGAUAACAGGCAGCGAGGACACUACUGUCUGUGUCCUAGCUCUUCCCACCACCACAGGCUCAGCCCACGCCCUCACUUCUGUCUGUAACCAUAUCUCCUCUGUGCGAGCCUUGGCAGUGUGGGCUACUGGCACCCCAGGUGGCCCAGGGGAUACUCGACCAGGGCUCACUGCUCAGGUAGUGUCUGCAGGGGGUCGAGCUGAGAUACACUGCUUCAGCCUCAUGGUCACUCCUGACGCCAGCACCCCCAGCCGCCUUGCCUGUCACGUCAUGCACCUUUCAUCCCACCGGCUGGAUGAGUACUGGGACCGGCAGCGCAACAAGCACCGGAUGAUCAAGGUGGACCCUGAGACCAGGUACAUGUCUCUUGCUAUUUGUGAGCUUGACUCCGACAAGCCUGGCAUUGGCCCUGGCCCCCUUGUGGCUGCAGCCUGUAGUGAUGGAGCAGUGAGGCUCUUUCUCUUGCAGGACUCUGGGCGAAUUCUGCAUCUCCUUGCUGAAACUUUCCACCAUAAGCGGUGUGUCCUCAAAGUCUAUUCCUUCACACAUGAGGCACCUAACCAGCGUCGGAGGCUGAUCCUGUGCAGUGCAGCUACAGAUGGCAGCCUAGCCUUCUGGGAUCUCACCACUGCAAUGGACCGAGGCUCUACUACCCUGGAGCCUCCUGCACAUCCUGGGCUUCCCUACCAGAUGGGCACCCCCUGCAUGACCGUCCAGGCCCAUAGCUGUGGUGUCAAUAGCCUGCACACUUUGCCUACACCUGAGGGCAACCAUCUUGUGGCCAGUGGCAGUGAGGACGGGUCCCUGCAUGUCUUCACACUUGCUGUGAAGAUGCCAGAGCGGGAAGAGACUGAUGGGGAGGCUGAGUUGGUACCCCAGUUAUGUGUCCUAGAGGAAUAUUCUGUCCCCUGUGCACAUGCUGCCCAUGUGACAGGUGUCAGGAUCCUUAGUCCCAAGCUUAUGGUCUCAGCCUCCAUAGACCAACGGCUGACCUUCUGGCGUCUGGGACAUGGUGAGCCCACCUUCAUGAACAGCACUGUGUACCAUGUGCCAGAUGUGGCCGACAUGGACUGCUGGCCUGUGAGUCCGGAGUUUGGCCACCGCUGUGCUCUGGCAGGUCAGGGACUUGAGGUUUACAACUGGUAUGACUGAGUCAUCCCAGUGGUGGGAGAAUGGAGCAUGGGGCCUGACUAGACAGUGGAGCAGGGAUCAGCUGUCUGUGUCAGGCUCAGUGUGCCCUGAGGAGGUGAGGGAGCACCACCAUAGGUGCUCAAGUGUUCCUGUAGCUGUUGCAGAGGUGGACCAAGAAUAAGCCUCUCCACAAGAGGAUGAAAUUGUAUUUAUUCUGACUUUUAGUGUCCAACAUCUGUGAGGUUUUGUUUUUUUCCCAGUUGAUGCUUUUAUAAACAUUCCUAGCUAUUGGGCCAUUAGAUGUGGCUCAGCGGAGGGAGGCCCAGCAUAGCCAAGCCUGUGUGGAACACCUCACGUACUGCCCUCAAAAGCUGUAGGCGAGCAAACAUCUGACCAAAGAGGUGUGGCCGAGGUUCCUGAAAGAAGCAACCAGGCGCAUCCUCGUUUCCUGUGCCCCCACCCUUGCCCACAUUUCCCACAGACCCUCGCUGUAUGCUCACCCCUAGAAUGUGUACUCGGUUAUAGUAUGAGCUGAAAUCCAUGCUAAGCUGCACCAGGAACUUGCACACCUAGAGACAGAGGUUGAAUUGUUGAGCUGUUGUCUUUUUUCUUGUGUCACAACCCAGAAUAAAGAAUAGUGUGUGUAGUGUC